UCCGGGGCUUGGUGCGUCCCGCUUUUCGCGAUCCAGUGAUUCAUCCAGUGUUUGUUCGGGCGGACGAGAGCAACACCACCACCACCACCAUCAAAAUCCCGUCCAUUGUUGGUCUCUGGUAGAGAAGGUGAAGCAAAACAACCGCGCAACAACAUGCCGAGCAAGCAGGCGAACGAUGUGCUGGCGGUCGAGGAGCUGGUGCACGAGAUCCGCGAAAACUUGCGCCUGAAAGCGAAACCCGCCCACCAGCCGACGCGGAGUUCGCGGCCCUCGCCCUACCACAUACCGUGCCGCUCGUGGUCGGAACCGGUCUGCGGCGGCGUCGGUGUCCUCGGGGCGGCGGACAAAAAGGUCGUCGGCAAGGCGAAAAAGAAAGACGACCAGACGAUAGACGAUCCGUACGAGUUUCUGCAAACCCUGCUGAAGAACAACAACCUGGUGAAGGAGGCGGUGCGCCGGUUGCAGCACGGCCUGUCGCCCAAGCAGCGCUACUUCUACGAGAGCGACGAGGACUCGUCGCGCUCACCGAUCGUGGUCAUGUGUCAGCUAGAGUCCUAAGAAACUUGGGGCGCAGGCGUGCCACUUAGCAAAAACAAACAAGGAAGAAAACGAGAACGACAGCCUAGGAUAAAACAAAAUUAACAAAACAUGAAAAACUAGACAUACACAAUGCGUAGAGGAACUUAGGUGAACUCUAGUAAUCUAAAUUGUUACAUCUAUCUCCAUAUAGUAAGUGCACACAGCCCCCGUAACAUAGCAGAGCCUCACACAGCCCCCCUUCACACAAUUGCUCUGGCCGAGGGAAGAAAACUCAACGGGCAAACAUCUCUCUCUGCCCAAUGCGAAUUACGUUGUGUGUACGUGUGUGUGUGUGUAGUGGCCGAGGUUCACUUUCCUAUGGCCGAGAUAAAUCAAGUGAGGCGCGCGCGAGGUCUCUUUGUAAUUUUUUAUUCUGGAAUAGUUAUUUGUUUUCCUUUUGCGGUACGCUUUUGUUUACAACAAUCGGAACUGCCCACCAGAAAGAGAGCCAGUCCCUUAUUUUUUGGAGCUUGGUUUUCCAGCUUAUUCGAAGGAUUGAAGAUCUAUCCAUUUUUUGAUUUUGCUCUAGACUACACUUUCGGGGAAACUACUUUGCAUUCUGAAAAAACCAAAAAUAGCUCUGGCAGCUUUUGCUGGCUUUCAGAAUGCUUUUUGAAGUACACAUCACAUGCGUUUGUCUCGGUACAUAAAAUGUGCAUACUGCCACCAGCCAGAACAUCUCAUUUCGAGUCGCAUUCAAAGUCCAGCCCUGAAGUGUAAAGGGAUUCGUCAAACCUGUCCGUGGGGCCCCCACCACAACAUUAUGCCGUAGAACUUCUCAACGGCUUCUUCUGAAUCGAUCUUGGCGUGGAAAACGCGUAGACACAUGAAAAGAAAUAUGCUCUCGCGCGAAGUCCAACGUCUGGGAACGGUUGAAGGCCUCUCUUUGCGAGCGCGCGCGCCAUUCAUACACUCUGUGGACGACGUCGCGUUUACCAACAGAGCCACGGACACAGAGCAAAAGCAAGUUGGUGAGUAACUGUGGGGGACCUACUUGCUGCUUCGUGGAGUUGCCGUCUCCGUGUACCAGACGGAAUGGGCGCAAUUGGCAAAUUAUUGCCGAGAACAUUGCAUAGUUUCGUUACAUUAUGCAAUGCAUGUCUAAUGUAUUCUCACCCUGACGCUCACAUUUGCUGCGCGCAAAGGCACGGUGUCGUUCCGCCACCGCGAAAUGCAAGCAUAGGCGCCAACAAAAAUAAUCAUUUAAAAUCGAUAGAGCGGUUGCGCUAAAAAGCUCCUGCUGCUAUGUUUGGCUUUUGAAGGUCGGUAAAGCGACCGGUAUCUGGGGCACGCCAGAAGGGUUAUGAGGUUCACGUAGUAGUAGUAGACUGUAGUCCCCGUACACUGUGGUGGAAAGCACGGGAACUGGGCAAACUCAGCCCGUGCAUGAUGCAAUACUUCGGCCAUAGGUCACCAGCAGCAGCAGCAGCAGCAGCAGCAUGGACGGGCUGAUAAAGUACAGGCAACAAGGCCAGGGGAAGCACGUCCGAAGGCAUCCGUUGGUGUAAUGUUUACUCUCUCGCUCUUUCUGUGCCCCUACUCCUUUCGUUCUGUUUCUUUUGGGAGACACGGUCAACAAACCCCGGUUUAGCGUAACGACACACCCAAACAGAGAGCCUGAGAGUAAGAAACAGGUCAACAGAGAGCCGACAGAACAAGAAAGGGAGCAAUAGAGAUUGAAUAAGAGAGAGAGAGAGAGAGAGAGAGAUAGCGGGCGUUAAGCCAGCUAUGUAAAGAUGGCCGACUUGCUUUUUAUGUUUAUCCCACGGUCCCCAGGUGUCUGUGCACUCUGAGAUGAGAGAGAACAAGAGAUAGAGUAGGGCGCCGGCCAUGGCUUUAUUCGGUAAAAGUACUUCACUCUGUGCACAAAUAUGUACACAUCUACAUCCACCACCACAAAAUCCUUGGGAGCUUCGCUAAUCCAUCGCCUUUCCUUCCCACAACAGAACGGUGUUGGACUUCGCCAAAAGUUCUAGAACAUUCAAUCAAUGAUGCGGUUUUCGAUUCAUUCCAUGAAUGAUCCAAAACAUCUGUCUGUUUUCGUUGUUGUUUGUGCGCUUCCCCGUAGCUGCUGCAGUCAACGAACUCAAACGAACCAUAAUCCUUCUGAAAAUCCUUGCGAAUAUGCGCCCUUUUCCAUUGAGUCUUCGAACUUCCGUUCCGUUUCAUAGCACUGAUUUGAGAAUCGGUACCCAGUUCCUUCGUUAAAGUUAAUUGCAUAACAUUAGAAGCAUCAGAUUGUGGAGUUUAGGAGCCCCAGAAAUGGGCAGGAUGGUUCUCGUCCGGAUUUUGGACUGACGGAUGGCCAGUGUUUUCUGGAUCUUCUGAGGAUCAAAGCACCCGGUGUACCCGGUGACAUUGAGGAUGUCUUGGCUUGGCAGCCAUCAUCAAUUAGAACCACAGAUCACGAACUUGAGCUUCAGCUCUCAGGGGCAGAUAACUGGCGACCAUCUGAUACACUCCUUCAGUCCUGAGAACUUUCCUCUCCGGAGUCCUAGAAUUAUCCCAGAUGCUAAUUAAGUCUCAGAAUAAGUCUACCUAAUUGUAGCGAACCUCUAGGUUUAGAUGUUCAACGAACGCCCUCCACCACAAAGAGCUUCAGCGUAAAGGGUAAAAACCUAUACAGAAAUAAAGGAUGGUGAACCCUAAGACGAGAACUGCCCUAGAAGUUCUUAACAGCCAAAAUUGAUACAGCUAUUCCCAUUAACAUAACAAUGGUGAACUGUUCGAAACUCACGAAACCAAUCGAUGCAUUUGUUCUACAGUGACUUUCGUUACCUCUCGGGCUUGAGCUUUAGAAAUCAAUAUCCUUUGAACGUUUCCAAAAAAAAGCCAAGCCUCAAUAUCAGUUCUUCACUUGUGUGAUAAGAAAGAGUUUUGUUCGACGUCUCCUGACAACCUGCGCUAUGAUAAACUUGUUAGUUCCCGGGUUCUUUACGCAUCUAUACAUUAAAGCACCACUUGCACUGCACUGCACUUAAAUAACCAUUCAUUUAGAUACUAAGCAAAAUUUGUGGCAACACAGUGCAGCACAACACUGUGUUGACGAACCGAAAAGCUGGAUGGAGGGCCAAUAUGUGGUAAAUAUUUGGGGGCGGUGGAGUGUCAGAGGCGACUUGGCGAGAUUUGAUUCGGUCAAACAAUCAAAGGUUCCCUUGUUGUGCUCCUCUCGCUCUACGGUAAAUGGUUCCGGUGGUAGUCUAGCAACCAUUGCCAAUGUGCAGAAAACCACAACGCUCCACCGCGUAACAUCUUCGUACCUAUUUUUAUGGGUUAUGGGUAGCUUACCUUUUGCUGGUGGACGCGGCCGAGUCCUUCAUUUCGCGUUCUUUGUUUUUGGCAUUGCCGGCCCGCGCUACGAAAGCAAAACACUCUCGCCUAUUGGUUUUUGGAUUUUCCACAUUGAACUCUUAAAACUGUAUCAUCAAUCUUCAGUUGAGUGGCUGUGCUUCUAAGUAAUACACAUUUUCUUAUAAUAUAAUAACACAUAAAUAAACAAAAAGACUGAUACCGUUUAGGGGGAAAGAGGACGCUCUUAAACGAUGAAGACAUGCCACGAGAAAGACUAACGAUAACGAUGGGUGCAUUUUAAGUGCAGUGCAGCGCGUUAAAUGGACGGCAGGGGACAGUUUGAAUAUCGGUCUCUUAACAGCUUCGGGCGGCUUUUUGGUGUACACUCUAAAUUAAUUGAGUUUGGGGUAAUGCUUAACACUCAAUGGUGAAGCCGCCACUCAGAGUGCAGUGUGUUCUGGCAGGGCAGGGUUGAGGUGCGUGCCCUAGUACACGCCCCGUAGUAACUUGCAUCUCGUUCGCUAGUUUGGAACAUUAUUUUCUUCCUUUGGUGUAAUCCCGUCCCCAAAUGGUUCUGCUGAAAAGUCCUUGUAAGGAGACAUAACACAUUUGGGAGGAAACUAUUCCAAUUGCAACAACAGUCUCGCGUUUUCGAGUGUCGCUUGUAAAUACUGAGCACACGUUGAUUAGAUAGGCUAACACUAAUAAUAAAUUAUUCAAAGUGCUGAUGCACGUUACGUUGGAGAGGCAGGGGUAGGCAGGCGGGCAGGCAAGCAAGCAGAUACACGUGAUGGGCAGGUAACAUCAGCUAGGGGCGCGCUGACCCAUCCCCAAAAAAACCACCAUUCGUCAAAGAAGCUACAACAGAAUAUUCGAUUAGUUAUACUAACAGAAACAUCGCUCACCGCAAAACUUAUAGAAUUUAGUUUAAUAGGUAUUUCUUUUGAAAAUUCUCUUUAGUUCCCAUUCGAGUACAUCCUAACACAAUAUCGAAUGGAUUUUAUAUUUUUCUAAAACCCUUUCCUAGAAACGACGUGGUAUUGCAUUCAAACACGCAUUAGUAGGCGACUAGAGAUAAAUGAAAGAUAUAUAGAUAAAAUUUGAAAAUGAAUAGAACAAACGUGAAUAAGUGGACUAUUAUAAAUAGACAGUGCAGUAAAGUAGAACCGGCUACAGGACGAAAGAUUUUAUUCACUUCUAGCAGAGGCGGCGAGCACGAGCAAAAAAGAACAUAACGACCCAUAUAUACCAUAAGUAUAAUGCAUUUUAAGUCGUCAAAGUGGCCCCCGCCGGGCCACAUAUCCUUGCGUUUGUUGUGUCUGUAUUAAAAUCCGUUUUAGGAUUGGUUUCGAUUACACUCUACCGCUUUGGUAAUUACGCGCCUCCUCCAGUUGCCGCAACGGUGUACACCGCUGACAGAAUAUCCGCGUUAAUACGUUUUUUAUUGUUUAGUUGGCGAAAAGAAAUAAACAGCAUACUAGUUACUGUUGGCCGUAAACGAAUUCCUGUACCGCAACGAUUAGUUUUGUUUAAACAAUAGAAACAUAAUUAUCAUACUAUGUACUAUCAGAGAUGAAUAGAUCAACGCGAUACUACUAAUAAGUAAGAAUUUUAUCACUGCGCAUUCUUUUCUUCUCUCGUUUAUGUUUUCAUUCGUUCAUUCUUUUCACUAAUUUGCUAAAUAUGGCAGAUGGACCUAUCGGAAAGUGAAGAAGUGCUUGUUCGACAAAUACACUCUGAGCAGCGUACGGAAUAGUAAAAAGAGAAAAUUGAUCAUAAGUGAAAGAGAAAAAAACAGCCUUUUUGUUUUUAGAUUUUUGUUUCUCGUACUUGUAAACCUGUAUAUGAUGAAGAGAAAUAGUAAGAUAAAUAGAGAAAAUUGUGCCGACCGCGUACUCAACUGUGUUGAUCGCGCAAGGCGAUGAAAACGUU